AUGGAUGUGAAGGAAGAGAUGAAAGAGGACCCAGAGAAUAACAAGAAAUCAGAGCUUGUGGAGGUCCAGUGCAAUAUGCGCGAACAGGGCAGCCCAGGAAACUUGAAAUGGAAAGAUUUCGCUGAGCAGCUUCAGGUGGCCUUUCCCAGGCGGACCGAUUUGUCCUACCUGGAGAGCCUUGAGUUGCCUCGGGGCCACGACCCGAGUGAGACGUUUCGGGUGUCUUUGUGGCAACUGGGCUUUGUGGAGUGCUGCAGCUCCAAGCCUAUGACUUUUAGAGUCACGGCAGCGGCCCUGGCAGACGAGUAUUUAACGAACACUUGUCUGACUGCACAGGAGCCUUUGCUUCUGUAUCAGCAGCCCCUUGACCUGCCCUCGGAGUUCAAAUACUCUGAGGAGCUUGAGGGGGCCAAAAGGAUGGGCCUGGUGGCACUCUUGGAUUUACCCGAGCAGUGCCUAUCCUUGUUGCUACAGCACGUAUCCGAAUUUGGAUUUGAUGGCUGCGCAUUCAAUGAGACCGCUUUUAGCAACAAGAAGCCCACGCCUGGCUUUCAGCCGCGUGCAAACAGCGACCGAGCAUGGCAGAAAAGGCUAGCGGCAACAUCCGAAGGCUACGAAUUGCUGGUCCGCUACGUGCAUUGUUCACACGCGCGCAAACCCAGUGCAAUUCGCUCCAAAUUGGACACGGCUGCAAUGACCGAGGCAACGCAAAUGAGUCAGCUCUUGAUUUCAUGUUUGCAGGAAAUCCAAGACCAGCACGCUUUGCCCGGGGGAGCGAAAGACAAAACCCUACAAGACUUCGUGGAUGGAGACAACAACCUGGAGCUGGAAUUACAAGGCGCCAUCUCAGAAUUGAAAAAGGGAUGGCAGCCUGCUGAGCUGACACCUUUCAGAGAGCUUAUCGCUACUUGCAUAGCCAACCGCGAUGGCAAAUUGGAAGCGCUGGGGAAAGGCCGCUGGGCAGCUUGAAAACAGGCUUUUGAAGUGCUAUACUACCAUCUUUGCAGCAUGGCGUAGACAUUUAUGCAGUCUGGAAGGCCAAGUGCCUGG